AUGUCGGUGGUGUUAUCGACAACUAAGGGUAAUCUGCUCAUUCAUCUUCGUUACACUGAUUGUCCGAAGGCAUCUUUUAACUUUCUCGCACUCUGCGCUUCGGCUUACUACGACGGCUGUCGAUUUCACCGCAAUGUUCCCAAAGCCUUUGUUCUGACCGGAGACCCAACCGGAACAGGAAAGGGUGGUGAAUCUGUCUUUGCUCCUCAAGAGCGGUAUUUUGAAGAUGAGGGGCUUGGAACGGUUUGUCACGACCGUCGUGGUGUUGUUUCUAUGGCUCAUAAGGGUAAUAAACCCAAUACAAAUGCUUCACAAUUCUUUAUUUUGUUUCAACCUUGUCCAUCACUUGACAUGAAACACACUGCCUUUGGUGUUGUAGAUUUGGAAUGGAAUGAAGGUGAAAGUGAAAAGACACUUAGUAAACUUGAGGAGCUUCCAGUGGAUGAAAAGCAUAAUGUGCUUGAUUUGGAGGCUAAGAUUAUCGGGGCUACAGUGUUGUACAAUCCUUUUGCUGAGGGACAUAUUAAACUAGAAGUUUAA